AUGGCCAGGGAAAUAUCGAGUGAGAAAGCAGCGAGCAGUAUAUACGAGCGAGAACCGCCAAGAUACAACUACAAACCCGCCGUUCUUCGGACGAUACCACUCCUCAUACUCUUCCUCGUCACGCUUGGCCUUAUAGGACUACUUGAAUAUGCCAGGAUUGAACUCGCGGCUGGGGAGAACCGACUUUCAUUCUCAUCGAGUUCUAACAACAAGCGAAGAGACUUUGGCUAUGAAUAUGUCUAUCUAAGGGAUACCCCGUCACAAGCCAGCGAAGAUGCAACGGCAACCCCUUCGGCAGCAUCAGCAAUUCCAGAAUCACCCGAUGCGGGUACAGUCACUGCCGACCAAUCUCCAUCCGGCGUUACUCAAUACAUCCAGUCGAGCAACUAUGUGAACCCUGAACAGACGAUCACCCCAGAUUCGACAAUCGAGACAAGUAACUACGUGGGCACGGAUAACACCCAGACGAUCGCUCUGAGUCCAGCGAGUGGUGACUAUGUCCCAACAGAACAUAAACAGACAGUCACGAGCGGAAUGACUGCGAUGGCUCUUCCUACCAGUGACUACGUGGAUCCAAGUAGAACUCAUACAAUAGCAUACAGUGCGCCAACGGGUGACUAUGUGCCUACCGAGAAUACUCGUACCAUGCCAGCUCCAACACCCACAACAACAGUCGUCACAACCUCGAGCGCCAGUGUAAUCGUCGCCAGCGCAUCCACAUCAGCCAUCUUGAUCACCAGCGGAGGCCAGACCAUAACCUCCCACACGACCAUCAGCGCCCACUCGUCCACCACACAAGUCGCCCUAACACAGACGAUCGUUUCCACACCAGCUUCCAACCCGCCUGAGCCUUCCUCUUCAAGCGAUGCCUACGUCCUCCAAAACAGCGGCAAAGUCGGCGUUAUCUCCUACAAAUGGGAUCCCGGCAAUGUCUUCCUAGCAACAUACCUUACCGUGGUCAUCGCUGUUCUAUACCGGAUGCUGAUCACAAUUCUGAACAAUAACUUCACCCUCAUCGAGCCCUUCCGCCAAUUGAUGGAACCGAAUGGCGCCCCAGCCGAGCGAGCUUUCUUCUCUUUCUACCAGAAUCAGUCGAACUUAUACGGACCCAUCCCAGCCUUAUCCAAAGGACGCUGGGCCCUCGCACUGGUCUCGACGGCAUAUCUCAUUGCCUCGACUCUGCCGGCUUUGGCGUCUGAAGCAAUCUGGGUGGACACGAAUUGGAACUGUCUGUCACCCAUUCAAGGCAGCAAGAAUCCCUGCCAGCCACGGAUGACGGUAUCUGUUACUGUUGUGAGAAUCAUGCAAGGGCUUCUAGCUUUCAUCGCACUUGUCAUUGUCUUCAUCACGAUCUUGCUGCUGGUCAAACGAACGGGUCUUCCUGCGAAUCCCAGCUCCAUCGCGACGAUCGGAUCGUUGAUGCGACAUCCGGGUCUGGUCGACGAUAUCAACAACCUCCCGGUCGGGCCUGGCGCUCGUGUGUCAGAAAUGAAGGCCGCAAUGGCAGGCAAGCGAUACAAGCUUGAGAGAUACAAGACCGAAAUGGGAGCCCUCCACUACGGCAUUCGGCCCCUGACAAUCGACCUCCACGACGAAUACUCCACCCGCUCCAAAGGCCGCGGAAGCUACACCCCCAUCGACAAUAACGGCUCCUCCUUCUCCGAAGGCACCACCAAGUCCCACCGCUUCCGCUGGAUGGACCUCAUCCUCCUCCUCCUAACCCUAGGAACUUUCGGCGUCGUCCUAGCCUACUACCUCGACGGCAACCCAGACGGCUUCAACAACUUCUUCAGCAGCAACACCUUCGGCCCGCGAUUCAUCCUCACCCUAGCAGGAACCCUCAUCGCCACCUCCUGGCACAGCAUCGAGCAGACUGCCGUCGUCAUGGCGCCUUACAUCGCUCUCGCGACGAAACCUUCCCCAGCGAGGAGAACGCUGUGCUUUACACCAUCUAACACGCCCCUCCUUUCCACCUGGACGACUUUGAGGAAUAGAUACCCCCUCCCCGCCCUCAUCACCUUUACGACUCUCAUGGCCGAAGCUCUCAACAUCGUCAUCUCCGGCGUGCCUUUCGCGACCGGCCAGACAUGGGGCCAAUUCCUCGUCUCCGCAUAUAUGUCUCUCGCCAUUCUCGGAAUCAUGGUUCUGGUCGUCGGACUUGUGAUGCUGAGACGGAGAAAGGAGCCGAAAAUCCCUGUCAGGCCGGACACGUUGGCAGGGAAAAUGUAUUAUCUGAGCGGAUCGAGGGUUUUGGAUGAUUUCGAGGGACUGGAUGGCGUGGGACAGAGUGUGAGGGAUAAGAGGUUGUGUGGGUUGGGGAAGAGGUAUGCGUUUCAGCCGAUGAUGAGGAGGGAUGGGAGGAGGACUUGGUUGGUUGAUGAGGUUGGGGAUGAGAGGGGGUCUUCGUGA